AUGAAAAUUAUAUUCUAAAUUUUGUUAGCCUUUUGGUUGGCUUGGUUUUGGGUGAAUGUUGAAGAUAGUGUUACAAAAUCAUUACGAAUUCUUAAUAGUAAUUCUAAUAAACCCUUGAAAAAGAAAAUCCUCUUUGCAUUUUCUAGUGAUGAAGACAUAUAAGUUUAAGCGACAACAUUGUUAAAAGAGUUAUAAUGUAGUAAAGAGGAUAGAAAUAUGAAGAAUAUAUGUAGUAGUAUAUUGUUUCAUUUCGAAAAUGGUUUGGGAUCUGAAUUACAUGUUACAGAGGGAUUUGAAAAUAUUGUGUAAAUUUCUAAGAAAAUAUCUACAUCAAAGGAUUUAGGAGGGAAUUCAGCAUAAAUGGCACUUAGAGCAUUCAAAGUAAAAAUUCAAAUGAAAAAUAUAUUAGGAAGGUGGAGAUGUUUAUUUAUCUGCAAUAAUGUCUAAUCAUUAUUACUAAAACUUAUUCAAUGAAUCAAUAACAAUAGUUCCAUAAAGUUUUUUAAGAGAAGAAAUAUAGGAUGUUCAUAUUGUUAUUAAUUUUGAUGAAGGUGAUGUAUAUGAUACCAUAAUAUGUUAACAUACAAAUAGAUUAUAUUUGUAAAAUGAUUAAGACAAUAUGAGAUUUCCUGGUUUGGAGAAUUUAGAAGCAAAUAUUAAUUCAAUACAUCCAGAUUUAUUGGUAAUUGGAGGAUUUCAAUUAAUGAAUCAGAAACCUAAAAAAGAAUAUGAAGAGAUUAUUUUAAAAUUAGAAAAGAUCUUAAUUGCAUAAAAAAACAAUUUAAAAAUUCAUUUUGAAAUGGGUGCAUUUAAUGAUGAAAAUCUAUUAUAUUACUUAAUUGAUCAUAUAUUUCCACAUAUUCAUUCAACUGGAAUGAAUGAAUAAGAAUUAUAAUUAUUAUAUAAUUUCAUAACAAAAGGACAAUUAGAGUAAAAAUAAAUAAAUACUAAUGAAUAAUUAUAAUUGAUAGUUAAAUUACUAUAAAAAUAACAUUUAGAAAGGUAUUUUUUUUUAAUAUUUAAAUGUAGAAUACACUUCCAUUCAUAAACUAUUCAAUUGAUUUGUUCAAAUUAAGAUUGGAGAGAUAUAAAACCAGCAUUACAUAGAUCAAUUCUUGUGGGAUUGAUUCAAGCAAUGAAAUCUUAUAAUGAUAAUUAAAUUGAUUAAUAAUUUAACAAUAGCACAAAUCUUGAAGUAUAAAUCUUAUUAAACUACAUAGAUACUAUUAGAAGAGGAGGAUUUAAUUCUAUAUCCAAAUAAUCAAACCUUGAAUCGAGAUCAUUUAAUUUAAACCAUGAAUUUUUGCUGGAAUGUGAAUAAUUAAUUAAAACAUUAAUGUUGUGUUGCUCCAGUGUUAAUUAAUCCUCAUCCUAUGAGAACUUGUGGAUUAGGAGAUAAUAUAGGCAGCACAUCAUUAUUAUAUUAAUUACAAUGA